GUCACCCCCUAAAACAGCUCUUCUGCAUCCCCUCCCCUCCCAUCCAAAAGUUUAGGUUGGGGUUGGUUUCUGAUCGUCGGCGUUCAGUUCUGCAGAUUACAUGCGCAUUGGAGGCCUGUUUUAGUCUGUCAUCGAAUUGGUUCCAGACACUACUUAGUUAGCAACAAGCUCAGCAGCAAGAUACAUAAGAACGAACUGAGGUAGCAAGCAGCACGAUCGGGCGAUCGAGAUGCCUCGCAUGUACGCAUUCGGGAGGGCAGAAGAAGCCACUCAUCCGGACUCCGUUAAGGCCACCCUGUCUGAAUUCUUCUCCACUUUGAUCUUCGUCUUUGCAGGAGAGGGAUCCAUCCUCGCUCUUGAUAAGAUUUACAAGGAUACGGGCGUGGGUGCAUCAGGGCAGGUGGUGAUCGCGCUUGCCCACGCACUAUCGCUGUUCGCAGCAGUGGCGUCCAGCAUGAAUGUGUCGGGCGGCCACGUCAACCCUGCAGUGACCUUCGGUGCGCUUGUCGGUGGGAGGGUGUCCCUGCUCCGCGCUGUCUUCUACUGGAUCGCUCAGCUCCUGGGGGCUGUUGUGGCUUCCCUCCUCUUGAGACUCGCUACGAAUGGCAGGCCCGUCGGGUUCUCCCUGGCGGCGGGUGUUGGAGGCUGGAAUGCGCUGUUGAUGGAGGUGAUAAUGACGUUCGGGCUGGUUUACACCGUUUAUGCCACCGCAAUUGAUCCCAAGCGGGGGAGCCUGGGGACAAUUGCGCCGCUGGCCAUCGCUUUCAUCGUCGGCGCCAAUGUGUUGGUUGGGGGGCCUUUUGAAGGGGCGUCUAUGAACCCUGCACGGGCAUUUGGACCGGCGCUGGUGGGGUGGAGGUGGAGGGACCAUUGGAUCUACUGGCUGGGCCCCUUUGUCGGUGCAGCUUUGGCAGCUGUGGUCUAUGAGUUCGGCGUCAUACAGUCGGAGACACCCCAUGCUCACACCGCUCAUCAUCACCAUCAGCCUCUGGCAGCUGAAGAUUACUAGACAAUCCACCUGCCCAACUGCUGCUUCGUCUGCCCUCUGCUGCUUUCGCACUGCUGUCAAUAAGUAGUAAUUAAAUAAAGACUGUUUGCUUGUUUUGCUUGCUUGCUUCCUUCCUUGUGCCAAUCAAAUAAACUCCCUUAUAUAAUGAACAGUGAGCUCUUUGAUUUCUUUC